GAGGCGCGGGCCGGUAUAACUGUGACGCGCGCUUUUUUAUCAUUUCAAAAACAAAAAAAAUAUUCUCUUUUUCAAUAAAAAAGAGAGGAAAAAAAGGGGUUCAUUUUUGUUUUUUACGGGCAAUUGUCAAAAGAUUUUUUUUUUUGGUUUAAUUUUUUUUCCAUAGACCCAAAAACAUACACCCCCUCUCUGUCUCUCUCUCUCUCUCUAGUGUGAGGGAUUUUUUUUUUAACCAUUUUUGCAAAAAAAGAAGUAAAAAUUUUGCGAAAAUUUGAAAAAGAUUUUAAGUUUCGAAGCUGCGAUAAACAGGAAGGAGCACAGGAGCUUAGCUCCUGGGGAGGAAUGCUCAACAAUAUCUCCGCCGGCGGUUCCAUUCAUGGUAUUUCCGGUGCAAAAGACCUUCAUGCACAGGACAUUAAGAGACACGAGAAAUUAGACGGUGUCCUGGGCGUGAAUUUAGGAGGUCUUUCUGCCGGCGGAGGAUUAACGCUUCAUCAGGAAUUAAUUAUGACGAUGCCUGGUUCAGAAAAUUCAUUAUUUUCAGGUACUGGGUCGUCUAUGUGUGACGAUAAACCCACAAAACAAAAACGACAUCGGACACGAUUUACGCCGGCCCAGCUAAACGAAUUGGAAAGGUGUUUUAGUAAAACGCAUUACCCUGACAUUUUUCUUAGAGAAGAAAUUGCCAUGAGGAUCGGCCUCACGGAAAGUAGAGUACAAGUUUGGUUCCAAAAUCGAAGGGCGAAAUGGAAGAAGCGCAAGAAGACUGGCGGCAUGUUACGAUCGCCGGGUGGACUUGUACCGUCGCAUAGUUUUCCGCCUUUCGCGGCCAUGAGUUCGGAAUUGUGCGGUGCAGCGGGCAUGUUUCACGCGCCCACCGAUCGAUGGGGAAUGGCUCCAGUUCAUUUUUCUGCUUUUUCAAACUCAGGUCUAGGACAAUUGAGUCAAGGUGGAAUGACAAUGGGUGGCUUCGGUCAAAGUCUCGGACAACUAAGUCAACAAAGUACCGGAACUCUUGGUUCAAGUUUAAGUCUCAGUAAUUCCGGUUUGCCGAUCAGUAGUCCGUCGCAAAGUGUCUAUCAAACGAGCUACGGACUCAAUUCCCUCGGUGGAGUUCACAUGUCAGCGUCGCGGGGUUCACCGCCUGGCGGCUCAUCAGUGGGAAGCGGUCAGGGUUUGGGCUCGGGUCUAAAUUGUGGUCAAGGCUCACCGGGCGCGACUUCCGGCAGUGGCGGUGGUGCCGGAAGUGCCGUUUCAUGCGUGGUUACUGAGGGAAAUGGAGCCGAAGCAACAGUUUGGAGAGAAGCUCACAGUAUCGCGUCACUUAGACGUCGUGCUUCCGACGCUUCUCAACAAUAUAGUCCACAACCACCGCCACCAGGUCCACCUCAAUAUGCUCACGAUUUGGAAUACAGUUCGGUCUACUGAGGUAAAAAAUAUUCAUUUCCAAAUUAAUUUGGAACUUUUAUUCAAAAUUCUCCCCGACAAAAAAAAAAAAAAGAAAUCUACUAAUAUAAUCAAUAUUUACGUCGCAAGAAAAAAAAAAGAAUUAAAACAUCAAACUUUGUAAGAAAAAAAAACAUUUUCCUAAAAUUGUGAACUUUUAAAUGAACGAUAUUUUUGCAAAGAUUUUAAAAACGAAAUGAAAAAUACUGUACAUUAAACUUUUUUUUAUUUCGUUAAGAAUUCUUUUUUUCAAAUAAAAUCCAAAGUCAUUCGUUUGAACAUUUAGAAUUUUAGGAAAUUAAAUGGAAAUUUUU